GUGCCGAGUGUUGACGCCGGAGAGGCAAUGGGCAUGCGCACUGCCGAGAGCCGGCAGCGGUGGGGAGCAAAGAUUGGUGGGGAGGGAGCGCGCCUGCUCGUGGCCGGCCCACCGUGGAAGCGGGAGCGCGCGUGUGGUGGCCUCUGAGGGAGGAGCAUCCCUGGGGCUGUCGGAAAUGUCCAUGGUCCUCUUUGCUUCAGUGGUGCGUGUUCGAGAUGGCCUUCCUCUUUCUGCCUCGACAGAUUAUGAACACAAUAAAGGAGUACAGGAAACCAAGAAGUAUCUUAAAGUGCUGUCAAAAAAACUAGGCCAUCUGCCUGAUCGAAGCACUCUGAAAGAUGUACACUACAACAUACAUUUUAUAAGUUCAUUAGGAGUGGGGUAUAUGAUAAUCUGCUCUGAAAAUUACCCAAAUGUGCUCGCUUUCUGCUUCCUGGAUGAACUGCAACGAGAAUUCAUUACUUUAUACGAUACAGCAAGGAUUAACACGGUUGUCAGACCAUACUCCUUCAUAGAAUUUGAUAAUUUCAUCCAGAAGACGAAGCAGAGGUUCAAUAACCCCCGGUCACUAGCUACGAAGAUAAACCUAGCUGACAUGCAGACUGAGAUCAAAUUGAGACCAGCCCAUCAGCUUACAAUGUUUGAUGUCGAAACAGCAAAUGGAAACGUACGUCUACAUUCCCCCCCUUCCAAGGGGAUAGCUCCAAAUCAAAGACUGGAACCAGUGAAGCUGCCAGGAUUCAUAUCUUGUUUACUAAGCUUCCUAUGUGCAGCUUUAAAUCUAAUCCGUGGAUUUCAUGCAAUGGAAAAUUUAUUUCAGGAAGAUGAGGAGGAAUUACAUACAGUUGCUGUGUUUUUCACUGGUACUGCUGCAUGUUUGUAUCAGUGUUACUUGUUGACGUGCUACAGUGGAUGGAGGGAUUUGAAGUCGUUCUUGAUGUUUGGUCUGGUUUGCCUCUGUAACCUCUCUCUACACGAACAUCGUAACACCUGGCAGAUCCUGUUUCACGUGGCAGUGGCUGCCUUCUCAACUCUGCAGACCAGGAUGCGGCAGCCGCAAGGGAAGACCCCCGACUACAAUGUCUGAGAGCCUGGCCACAGAAGGCGGCUCUGCGGCAAGCAAGGGGAUGGUGACACGGGGCCAAAGAACCUAGAAAGAACAAAAAUGCAUCGAUUGAGGGCCAAACGAGGAAACGCCUACUCCAAUUCCUCGCACACAUUGUGGCACGUUGCUGAUAAUCAAAAGCUACUAAUCGAGAUCGUGAAGAUUAAUUUUUGCUGUGGUUCCUUGCUUCCAUUGCUGGAGUCAGUGCAGGAGCUUUCUUGGGCUCUAGACACGAGGCCACGAGGUGCCCGGAUAACUUGUUAGUUCUCGGUUUGGAUUUCAUUGGUUCGAGAGUUUUCUUUUGUCAAACUUUCAUUUAUUUUUAUUUAAAAUGUAUUUCUCUUCCGUUCAGGCAAAUAGUUGUUCUUGCUGAUGUGGGGCAUGUGCAUGGUGAAGCCACAAGGCUGUAAUAUUGUGUCGAUGACUUUGUGUAGUUAUGUAGGCUAAGUAAGUGCCGCACCAUCAGAGAUGCACUGCUCGCCCAGGUGGCCAAAAGACAUCUGGUGCUGCUGCUUGGAUGGAAGUUGGGGAGUUCUCCCCAAACUUCACAACCAUAUUUGUGUUUCACCAGACACAUUUGAACCCAGGAAAACACCUUAUCUGGUCACUUAUUGUGCAGAGAUUUGACGGCACUUUGUUUUGGUUGUAAAGCAUUGAGACGUCCCAUGUUUGUAAAGAGUAAAGACAAAAGCUGCUGGAAGCAUCCAGCAAGGGCGAUCUCCCUCCCCCAUAUUCUGACAAAGGGUCUUCGGCCCGACAUGUUGCCUUACCUGCCGAGUGUUUCCAGUGUUUCCCGUUUUAAUUUCAGAUUUCACACAUCUGUAGUUGUUGCCAUUCUCAUUUACUGCGAUCAAGUGGUACUUUGUAACUCGUCAUACAGCGUCAGGCCCUUCAGCCCAACUUGCCCACACCGACCAACAUGUCCCAUCUACACUUUGUCCCAACUUCUUGCGCUUGGCCCAUAUCCCUCUAAACCUGUCCCAUGUAUGUGUAGGAAGGGACAGUGGAUGUCCUAUCCAUGUACCUGCCGAAAUAUCUCUUGCGAAAAAGUUAGAUUCCCUCAGAUUCUUAUUAAAACUUUCCCCCCUCACCUUAAACCUAUGUCCUAUGGUUCUCCAUUCACCUACUCUUGUGUGUCAACCUGAUCUAUUCCUCUCAUGACUUUGCACACCUCCAUAAGAUCAGUCCUCAUCCUCCUACGCUGCAAAAAAAAGUGUCCUCGCCUGCCCAAUAUCACCAUGUAGCUCAGACCCUCGGGGUAGCAGCAUCCUCGUAAAUCUUCUCCGCACCCUUUGCAGCUUGCAUGUAACUCCUCGUGCUGGAGAUCGAUCAUUGGCAGUCCCAGUCGUGAUCUGUUCCUGCACAUACACUUUCCAUCAAGGUUUCCAGAGUCACCGGGAAGAGCACACCUCUUAAAUUUGCCCAUAUUUUUUCACAAGUUCCAGGAGCAGAAUUAGGCCCAUCAAAUCUACUUUCAAAUUUCCUCCUCUUUUCUCUUUUCCCCAAAUCCACAAACGCGACUCUUCCUGUGGCCAGCAAAUAAACAAACUGCUGUAUCUCAGAAGGUCAGGCAGCAUCGGUGGAGGCAGAGGGGCGAUGGAUGUUCUGGGUCAGAGCCCGUUAGAUCAGCGCUGUUGCCUGGUCUCUUUGUCAGUUCCAUUUUGCAAUUCAAAUAAAGGCAGGAGAUGCUGUAAAUACUGAGCGGGAAAGCAGCAGUUCUGGAGGGGGAAAAAAAUCAGUAUUGACAUUAACAAAACUCAAAUCUCGGUUGAAGUUCUGUUUCCCUUUCACAGAUGUGUGGCCUGAUAUUUCUAGCGUCAAUCUUCAUUUCAGAUUUGCUAGCACUUGCAGUGUUUGCGGCCUUUUUAAAUUAACUAUAAAGGAGGUCAAAUACAAGCCUUUACUAUACCUCUUGAAUUUUAUUUUCAAAUGACAAAGCAAAAUUCUUCAGUCACUUUUAAACUCAACUACCUGGAAAUCGCAAAGUACAAGAAUAGAUUUUCUCUGUUCAGGGUGGCACUGUGGCUCAGCGGUAGAGUUGCUGCCUCACAGCUCCAGAGAUGUGGGUUCGAUCCUGACAAUGGAUGCUGUCUGUACGGAGUUUGUACGUUCUCCCCGCGAGCGCCUGGCAUUCCUCCAGGUGCUCCGAUUUCCUCCCACAUUCCAAAGACAUGCAUGCAUGUAGGUUAAUUGGCUUCUGUAAAUUGUCCCUAGUGUGUGUAGGAUAGAACGAGUGUACAGGUGAAUGCUGGUGGGCGCGGGCGCAGACACGGUGGGCCGAAGGGCCUGUUUCCACGCUGUAGCUCUAAAACUAAAGCUUCUAGAAUACUUUGGUGUCACAGUGCUGCCUUUUCAGCUUGGAAUAGUUUCCCACUUAGGUUUCCAUAAUGGAGGAUGUGACAUCUUUUAUUAUGAAAAUUGUAACAUAUGCAAAUAUCUAUACACAUUAUGACUGUGUUCCAAAGCUAUGUAGAUAAUCAGUUGAAAAUAAAAUAUGUAAUUUAUAUAUUCAGAGAAACCAACAUUACCAAAUGGUUUCCUCCCGCACAAAAUAUGUUGCACAGACUAUAUUUGUGGCGUGACUAAUAGAACUGUUUUUUGUUGUGUGUUGGCCAGUCAGCGGAAAGACAAUACAUGAUUACAAUCGAGCCAUCCACAGUGUACAGAUACAUGAUGAACGGAAUAAUGUUUAGUGCAGGAUACAGUCCAAUUAAAGAUAGUCCGAGGGUCUCCAAUGAGGUAGAUAGUAGCGCAGGACCGCUCUCUGGUUGUUGAUAGGAUGGUUCAGUGGCCUGAUGGUUCAACUCUCCCUGAAUCUGGAGGUGUGCGUUUUCACAUUUCUGUACCUCUUGUCUGUUGGGAGAGGGGAGAAGAAGGAGGGGUGAGACUGGUCUUUGAUUAUGCUGCUGGAGCAAGUGCAAAUGGAGUCAAUGGAAGGGAGGUUGGUUUGCGUGAUGGUCUGGGCUCCAUCUUCAAUUCUCUGCAAUUUCUUGUGGUUUUGGAUAGAGCUGUUCCCGGGCCAUGGAUCUUGAGGGUAUGCAGCAUGUGUGUCUAAGGUUGGGAAAUAACAGAUUUUAAUCUUCUGAUUCCCCUUGAGAUUAAUCCAGGGAAGAUGGGCUUCUUGCUGCAUGUAGGUGAACUCCCGUCGGUGGUUGCAGCUACAUCAGUCACAGUCACAUUGUGCAUUCUUGCCCUUUGUAGUCCAUUAACAGUGGCUGUAUGCCACAUGGGGACCAGGAUAUUUGUUAUCUCGGGCUUGCUCCGCUAUUAAACAAGGCCACAGUUGGUCAAAGCCUCUGUUCUGCACUAAACCUUCCACUUCCUUAUUAUCCAAAGGUGUAGUCAUCUCUUUCUCAAAUAUUCAGCAACUGAGCUGGAGAACUCCAGAAGCUCAUUCACAUUCUCAUUCUCAUUCAAGACAAUUCUUCUCAUAAGGGCAGCAGGGUGGUGCAGUGGUAGAAUUGGUGCCUUACUGCGCCUUAGACCUGGGUUCGAUGCCGACUACGGGUGCUAUCUGUACGGAGUUUGUACGUUCUCCCCGUGACCUGCACGGGUUUUCUCCGGGAAGCUCUGGUUUUCCUCCCACACUCCAAAGACGUAGAGGUUUGUAGGCUAAUUGGCUUGGUAUAAAUGUAAAAUUGUUCCUUGUGUGGAUAGGAUAGCAUUAGUGAGCGGAGAUCGCUGGUCGUCACGGACUCGGCGGGCCGAAGGGCCUGUUUCCGCACCGUAUCUCUAAACUAAACUAAAUCUGUGCCAUUCAUUUUGAGACUGUAACCCCGAGUUCUAGACCAUCAUCCCCCUUCCCAGCCAGCCAGCUGCCCUCUGCCCCCUCGCGCCCUAAAAACGUUACAGAUUUCAGUGAGAUCACCCCUCAUUCUUUUAAGUCGAGCCCGAACUGUCUAAUGCAGACACAAGGAACCACAGAUGCUGGUUUACAGGAAAAAAAAUCACAGUGCUGGAGUGACUCAGCAGGUCAGGCAGCAUCUCUGGAGGACGUGGUUAGGUGUUAUUUCGGGUUGGGACCAUUCCGGAACUUUAAUAGGAACCUGAGGGGUGGUGGGUGUAUGGAACAAGCUGCCGGGGGAGGUAGUUGAGGCACAUACAUUCGCAACGUUUAAGUAACAUUUAGACAGCAACAUGGAUAGGACUGGUUUAGAGGGAUACGGGUCAAACGCAGGUAGGUGGGACAUGUAGAUGCUAGUUGGUGUGGGCAAAUUGGGCCAAAGUGCCUGUUUCCCUGCUCUAUGUAUAGUCCCCCUCCCAACCUGAAACAUCACCUAUCCAUGCCCUCCGGAGAUGCUGUCUGAUAUGCUGAGUCAUAGAGUCUAACAGCAUGGAAACUCGUCGAUCGCCCCAACUUGCCCACACCGGCCACUAUGUCGCAUCCACACUAGUCCCACCUGACAUGCGUUUGGCCCAUAUCCCUCGACACGUUGAAAGCAGCACAACAGAAAAUCAUAGCAGUUCCGAUCUUUGCUGGAUAAAAGAAACAACACAAAUCGAUGCUGUGAUUACCAAACAGCUCGUCCAUUUAGAAACAUAGAAAAUAGGUGCAGGAGUAGGCCAUUUGGCCCUUCGAGCCAGCAACGCCAUUCACUAUGAUCAUGGCUGAUCAUCCAAAAUCAGUGCCCCCCGUUCUUGCUUUUUUCCCAUAUCCCUUGUGUGUUGGAAAGAACCGCAGCUGCUGGUUUAAAUCGAAGGUAGACACAAAAAGCUGGAGUAACUCAGCGGGUCAGGCAACAUCUCAGGAGAGAAGGAAUGGGUGGCGUUUCGGGUCUAGACCCUUCUUCAGAAUUCUGAAGAUGGGUCUCAAACCGAAACGUCACCCAUUCCUUCUCUCCUAAGAUGCUGCCUGUCCCACUGAGUUACUCCGGCUUUUUGUGUCUCUCUUGAUUCCGUUAGCCCUAGGUGCUCUGUCUAUCUCUCUUGAAUACAUCCAGUGAAAUGGCCUCCACAGCCUUCUGUGGCAGAGAAUUCCACAGAUUCACAAUUCUCUCGGUGAAAACGGCUUUUUCUCAUCUCAGUCGUAAGUGACCUACCCCUUAUUCUUAAACUGUGACCCCUGGUUCUGGACUCCCCCAAAUUACAUGGAUUGCGAUUACCGACGGCAUCAGAGCCACUGACUAAGGCCAAUCCUCAUCGCAAGGGAAUCCCAGCCAUCGUGGAGUUACCACAGGAACAGUGAGUAAAUUACCUGGACAGUACUAUGUUUACACAUUCUGUUGUGCUGUCUGAAGAAAGGUUUUGGCCCGAAACGUUGCCUAUUUCCUUCGUUCCAUAGGUGCUGCUGCACCCGCUGAGUUUCUCUACCUGCAAGAAUUUCAUUGUUCUGUUUGGGGCAUGUAAUGACAAUAAAACACUCUUGGAGAAGG